AUGGAUCCACCGGCAGAACCCGAGUGCUCGGAAAUGACUAAUAUUGGAAAUUUCCCUGGACCACACCGCUAUGCUAGUUUCCUACGCACUUCCACCCGAUUCAAUGCAUUCCAAGAGAAACUUUCCAUGCUGAUGCUGAACGACGAUCUAGGCAGAAUCAUCGAAGAGAAAAGCUUCAAUAAAAUCUCAGUUCGAGGGGACGAGUUGGUCCCACAGAACAUCCUUCUGAAGGGGAUCGCCAAAAUCGGAGACAGAAAAGCUGUUAUGUUCGUUCAAAACGUCGGCUACUGCAACUACCUGGACUCGCGGAAACACGCGUUCAUCAUAGGGGAGCUUCUGAAGUUGGCCACAAAAUUGAAGAUUCCAAUCAUUGGAAUUACCGAUUACGGACCGGCGUAUGGAUUCCCAACGAUCUUCACGCAUGCGAAUUCGGAACCAAUGCUCAAAGUGACUGUCAACUUUUAAAUUAAUUCCAUUACUUUUCAUUUCAGGCAAAAUACGACGGUCAAGCUCAGGUUCCGUUCAUGUGGCUGCACAUUGGGAACCCAACGAACCUCACGAUUCCUUCGAUUGUCGCGGAUUUCAUUUUCACUGCGGGUUCGAUCAACGGGCCGAUUCUGUUCAACCAAAGAGUGUCCCACGGGUUCUUCAUGCAUCAUCUGGCGGCAUUGGGAUUUAUGCGUGCCCUUUUCUCAUACAUCCCCAACAAUAACCUCAAACCGGCCAUUCUUUACUACUUUCCCCCGUAACAAAUUCAGACCGCUAUCAAUAGACUUAAACACGAUGGUUCAGGAACCAACAGCCGGAACCCACAGACAUCCCGGAACGUGAUAUGAUCCCAUUCAUCGAAUCGAUGGCUGACUACAAUGCAUUCAUCCCUUUGAUGAUCCAGCACUCGCCUCAACUGCUCGUCGGAUUCAUCAGAUUGGAGGGCAGAGUAGUUGGAGUUCUCUCAAAGAACUGGAUCGGUUUCUCAUUGAGCCUCGAUCACGACAUGUCCAUCAAGGGCUCUCAAUUUAUCCGCUACUGCAACACGUUCCAGGUCCCACUCAUGGUGAUCCUCGAGAAGCCAUUUUCUACUGCAGGUAGGUAACUCGCCAUCUCCUGCGCAAUUCUUUUUCAGAGAUGAACAUAACUAUGAACUUUCUGAGUGAUUUGGUCGAGCCGACCACAAACAUGCUCAACUGCUUCAAGCAAGCAACCACUUUGAAGUUGACCCUGCUGCUGUCGGGACAGUGCGAUUACAACGUUUCAACAGAGCUGCUCGGAAAGCGUGUUCUGUGCUGGUCCCACGAAACAGAACUUCGUCCUAAGAUCCAGACUUUCUUGAAAGCCACAGGUUCAACUCGGAGUGAAUUUCAAAGGUACAACUAUUAUUUCAGGUGGAACAUUGAUCCAAGUCACCCGCCAAGAAACACUUUCGAAAGUCAUGCACUACUUUUCCAACUGA